GCGACCCCUCUCCAGACCCAGGGGUCAGCAGAUCCAUGACCUCUGACCCCUGGGUGGCACUGCCCCUCCCUCAGGUCUGCUCUGAUGUCAUCAUCACUGGGGGACAGUAUUACUGGGAGGUGGACGUGUGUAACAGCUCCGUCUACAGGAUCGGUGUGAGUUCUCCAGAUGGUUCUGUCGGCUGGUGGCUCGAGAGGCAUGGCUCGUCUUUUUGUGUUGUGUACGAUGGCAGCCGGGAGCCCCUCUGCUCCGUCCCCCCUCAGAUCAAAACCCUCGGGGUCUUCCUCAACAUGGGAGGGGGCGUCCUGAGCUUCCACAACGCUCUGACCCGGGAGCACCUCACCUCGCUGCCCACUCUCUUCCCCCCCGUGGGAGUCACCCCGGCUCUGGGUCUGAAUCAGGGCCGGCUGAGGGUACGGUGCGGCCUCCCCCCUCCUCCUCAUGUGUUCCUGGGGAAGGACUCGGCCUACAGGGGGCCGUGUGGAGCAGGAGGGGGCCGCUGGAGCAGGGAAAUCCCCUUCCAGCCGGUGAGGAAAGUGAUCCAGAAGUUUGAGGAGCUGGCUGUGUCGGAUUCGGACUCAGGUCUGGUGUCCGGAUCUGGAUCCUCCUGCUCCACCUUGGCCUCGCUCCCUGAUCAUCUAGUUGCUAGCUUAUAGUGAACCUGGACAUGUUGAGUAAGAAAAGAUUAGAUAAGGAACUUCUGACCUUCUGCACCUUACAACCCAGUGUCUGUCUACACUGCUGUGUUUUAUCAUGUUAUUUUAUGUUUUAUUGUUCUGUUUGUUUGUUUUUUAAUUAA